AAAAGAGAGCUUUCACCACCUAUCCCCGACCAUGUCAUUAAUCAAAGACUCUACUGUUGCGUUAAUCACUGGUGCCUCUUCUAACCUAGGAUUUAACAUUGCCGUUCGAUUACUAGAACAACUCCCCCAAGACAAGGAUAUUACCCUCAUAGUCACAUCGAGAACCUUACCCAAAGCCAAAGAUCUGAUAAACGACAUCAAAAAGUUCAUCACCGAGAAACUCCCCCAAAAACGUGGCCAAGUUGAGUUCGACUACUUGUUGGUAGACUUCACCGAUAUGGUGUCUGUCUUGUCUGCCUACUACGAAUUAUCUAAACGAUACAAGCACUUGGACUACUUUUUUGUUAACGCGGCCCAGGGAGUGUACAGCGGGAUUGAUUGGGUCGCUGCCACCGUAGAAGUGUUCAAGAACCCAGUUGAGGCCGUGACUAGUCCUACAUACAAACUUCAGCAAGUUGGAAGGAAAUCUGGUGAUGGGUUGGGAUUGGUGUUUCAAGCUAACGUGUUUGGUCCAUACUAUUUAAUACACAAGUUGAAACCGUUGUUGUCCAAUGGCGGCAAGAUAAUAUGGAUUAGUUCCUUGAUGUCUCAACCUAAAUAUUUAUCGUUUAAUGAUUUACAAUUGGUGAAAUCGCCUGCUUCUUACGAAGGGUCUAAGCGCCUCGUCGAUUUGUUACAUUAUGGUACGUACAAGAGCUUAAAACAGAACUAUGGAAUUGAACUGUAUGUUGUCCACCCGGGUAUCUUCACCAGUUUCUCGUUCUUCCAGUACUUGAACUUCUUUACUUAUUACGGAAUGUUGGUUUUGUUCUACAUGGCCAGGUGGUUGGGUUCCCCCUAUCACAAUAUCGAAGGGUACAUCGCCGCCAAUGCGCCAGUUGCCGCUGCCUUGGGCCGAGUUAAACAAAAUGAGAAAGUCGGCUCGGCCACAACGGCAUCAGGGAAAGAAUAUUUGUUAGUGGAAGACACCAUCGAUACUACCGGUAGUUCCGAUGUGGUGAAGUAUUUGGAAUCUCUCGCCGAGGAAUGGGACGACAAAUUCAAGGAUCAAAUCGUAAAUUCUCGUCAAUAGAGCCUCUAUAUAUGCAUAUUUUUCUUUUUAAAUACUAUGUUCUAAACAAGUACAGCCACAUCCACUAGGACAUUCACUCGCGCCACCAGUCCACCAUUCCAUGGCACAGUCAGUGUGUAGGAUAUGUUCGCACACAAUACACAUGGUGAAGUUCUUGGUAACCACCAAAUUACACAAGUUACAGUAUUUCAUAAUCGAGCGCUUGUUCGUGUUCCAUGCAUUGGGUUUCUUUUGCAUGAUUGUAGACACGGCAUUAAGAAAGUUUUGUUGGGGUAGCUGUUUGUUGCGCUUGCGCAAGCCAAUCUUGCACUUGUGUGAAUCAAAUGGUGAUGUCUCUAAUUCGCCCUCGUCAAUGUCAGGGUAGUUGAAUUUGAGGAUCUUGAUUCGACUCACGGGCAAUCCCCAAUUAUACAACAUAUCCGCGUAUAACUCUCGAUACGUUCUUAUCUUCUCGACAUCUUGCGAGCUUAGCAAUGGGCGAGAAUAUACAUUUUCAAACAAGUCCAAUUCCUCCACAUUCUGCAUUUCUAUCGUGACGCUAGGUGGUGGCCUUAUCUUUGUGCUUUUCGGUUUAAUUAAUCCUGGGCCAGCACCUAAACUUGUUCCUCGUUUCACCGGCAUCUUACUAAUCAUCCGCUUGUCGAAUUUUAGUUUGUUGGUCAUUUGAUUGGGACUGGUGGCUCGCAACCCUUCACUCACAGAAUCACUAAGGGACGAGUACGAAUGUUCACUGGCAGCAACAGGUGCAGUUAAUAAUAAGUUCUUCUUCAUGUAUCCAAAUCUCUCCGGAGAACCAACCUGACUGGCCCC